UUGUAGGACAAAAGCCCCCUGAACUUCCAAAGAGCCACAAAUCAAACGUAAUAAAUAAUAAUAACAACAACCACUGAUGCACUGGUUAUCAUAAUUCCUAAUAUUGGCAUACAAUGGCUCUCUUGUUUUAAAUGCUUCCGCUCUUGUUCAAUUUUUAGUUUUUCUAUAAAAUGAGCUCUUACGUCGCCAACUCGUUUUACAAGCAAACCCACGAGUCGUCUGCCUACACCAUGCACAGCUUUGGCAGCUAUGGAUCGCUCCCCGAGCUGCAUCCAUCCAGUUUUUGUUACGGCGGGCUUGAUCUCAGCGGAACCUUCACUUCUCCUGCCUCCUCGAACCCCCUGAAACGGGAAGAGAUGAGCUCGAGUCUGCGUGGCAGCCCGGACGCUCCGCCACCAUCACGGUCGCAAGCGUGCUCAGCCCACUCCCUCGGGCGCCCAGCGAACGCGAACGAGCAGCGCUCUCCCAGUCUCGGUCUUUUCAGUCAAAAAAACGAGGGAGACGCGGUGUUGGCUACAGAGAACAAGCCCAGCGGCAAGAACAGGGCAAGCGACGUCAAAGUUGAAACCAUGCAAACCGUCCAGCCAGUAACACAACAAAACAGUUCGAGCCAGUCUCAGAACAACCGCCAGCAGCCACCGAUAUAUCCUUGGAUGACAAAGCUACACAUGAGUCACGAAUCUGACGGUAAACGGUCGCGGACCAGUUACACCCGCUACCAGACUCUGGAGCUGGAGAAAGAGUUUCAUUUCAACCGGUACCUGACCCGUCGCAGGCGUAUCGAGAUCGCGAAUAGCCUCUGUCUGAACGAGAGGCAAAUUAAAAUCUGGUUCCAGAACCGUCGCAUGAAAUGGAAGAAAGACUCAAAGAUGAAAGUUAAAGAAGCCGUUUAGAACGACAGAGGGAUUGCACGGGCUUCAAAGCGAGCCGUUAGAAGAUGAAGUGAGGGGGAUGAAACUGUCAACGGAACGCCAAGGCGUUCAGAAACUCACUUUCAGCACCAGUCCUGUGCGUUGAGCAGUCAGUUGCCACCAUCUUGUCCAUGUUUUUGGAAUGUUCAUGUGUAAAUUAUUACUAUGUAUAGCCUUCGUGUAUAAUUUUAUUACUGUCAUUACAAUUUUAAAUCUACUUGCGGUUAUUUUGUGUCUUGAAAAUGUGGUGAUACUCAAUAAUAUGAGUCUAAUAAAUUAAAGGUGGAGCUAUUACUCUCUCCGGACAAAGGCCACACCCUUCCCCUACUCAUCAAAGCGAGAAAGGAAACCUGUGGGAUUUAAGUCUGAAUAUUAUUAUUUAUAGGGUUAGCUAUGAUUUCCAUUAUUUCAUUAAGUAGACUUGCAAUAUACAGUGCCGUAUUGUGAAAAUUUUGUGUCCUACUGAAUGCUCAAAGAGAGAGACUAGCGGAAAUUAAUGUAUGUUGGCUGUGGAAGACUACAUUUCAUCUAUGAUCGACUAUUCAAAUCUGAAUGCGAUUCAAACACGUUUACAUGUUUUCUUAUUCGCAUGUUUUGCGUUAUUAUUUAUUAAUUUGUUCAGUUUCUUUUAGUAACGAAAAUAAGUUAGCUUCUUAAAUCUGGCCCAGGUUACUCCAGCCGUAGGAGUAGAUGCAUUGAAAUGCCCCACUGGUUAGCUUGCUUGUUAUUUUGCUGAUUUGGGAACGUUUCAAUAAAAUAUUACCGCAACUUUAUAAUGCACGCAUUUCCUUCUCAUUGUAGGCCUACACUAUUUUGGCCUUACACUGAACGGGCCCACGCCUUUAAAUCAGCUCAGGGCGGAUGUGAAUCACUAAUGCACCCUAAACAAUCAGUCGCUUUUGGACUUCCGCACUCACAAAUUCUAAUGUUGGACAAUGUCCUUUUAUAGUUUCGUUUAUUCUGUAUGACACAACUUGUUGCCGAUUUAGAAGUGGCAAAUAAUCAAUACUAGCCUACUCCAAGCUCUAACUCUGCUUGGACAGAACCCCAGAACGCAAAUAUACAAAAAUCCAUAUAGCCUACACAUCAACGAAAAUUUUAUUCAAUUAGCGUUUGAAACCUUCUCCAGGUGGUGCGUUUUGGCUGCAGUAAAGUUCAUUUUCCAUGUUAUGGGCUUUAUUUCCUUGGACAUUUUAUGUAGCUAAUCAUUACUUUGGCUCUGUGUGAAAGUAGUUGACAGGUCAUUCAAAUUAAUUCGAUUUAAUUUGUUUACUGAUGAACAGGGGCCAAGUACAAUAUAUUCCUUUUUUUUUUUUUGGUUCCAGCAACUUAAAAAAAAUAUAUUUUUAACGUCACCUUUACGUCGUCAACAAGUGAGUAUCAUACAGUCAGUCCUCAUUACUAUAACCUUUGUAACGUAGUCGUAACUAAAUGCCCCUUAGUUUAUCGCGGCAGACUGAGAAAACACGUCACAGAAGUGAAUUGUUCAAAACGGCAGUUAAUCUACACGAGAUUGUAGCCUAUCCAAGGCGCAUGUAGCUUGGCCUUAACAAGUUAAAUUGUGCCUGAAAGUACCACUGUUUCCGUCUGUUGUUGUUAGAUAAAGCUUUGCUUGUGUCAAAAGUCCAGAUAUUCCAUGUCCCACCAAUAAAGAUGCUACUUUUAGCGGCUAAUGCUCGUACGACAGGACCAAUCGAAAGUUCAGAAAGUUGUAUUCUAUGUAGUGCAAACACUAGCAAGUAUAAGUAUACAAUUACACUUACGGCAAAGCAACGUGGCUAAGUGUGUUUUAGUAAAAUAAACACUGUCGCGUGACAGUUGACUAAUUGGAAACGAAAAGAGUGUCAGCAAUAAAAGUUGUGUGGAUAUGGCUUUCUAUAACAUAGACUAAUCAUAUGAACGAAUGUUUCCUUUGAGACAUACAUCACUGGAUGUUUUCUCUUUUUUCAUGAGACCUACAUAAACAGCUGUAUCUUAAAAUUUGAAGUUAAAAAAAUACAUUGGAAUGGACUGGGUCAAAAAAAUAUGCUACAGUAUAGCUGUAAGUGUCCUGUCAUCACAUUUAACUCAGACUGAACCAUGUGGAGACAGCAUGUUGGAAGGAACAAUAAUUGAGUUCAUAUUUGUAUAUUUGUGAAUUCCAGAAUAAAAUAUACAGUAUUACGAA